UAGAGCUGAUGGUGGGACUAAGGAGCCUAAAUUGGAAGAAAAAUCAAGGACCCCAUCAGUGGAAGGAAAAAUGGGUAAAUCCAACACUCCAACAAGGAGCCAAGGAAAAUUAAUUGGUCAUGAGAGAUCUGACACAGAGGAAAAGCCAUUUAAGUGCCUGGACUGUGGAAAACGCUUUGGCCGAAGCACUCAUCUCAGUCUUCAUCGGAGGACUCAUACUGGUGAAAAGCCCUAUAAAUGUGGGGAUUGUGGUCGGUGCUUUAGUGAUGGUUCUGCCCUCAUCCGCCAUCAGCGGAUCCACACAGGUGAAAGGCCCUACAAGUGUAAGGAGUGUGGAAAAUGCUUUGGUCGCAGCUCGCAUCUAGAGCUGCAUCAGCGAACCCACCUUGGAGAAAAGCCCUACAAGUGCCCUGAGUGUGGCAAAGGGUUCCGGGACAGUUCAGGUUUGGCCAGACACAAGGGCAUCCAUACAGGUGCCAGUCCCUAUAAAUGUGGUACAUGUAGCAAGAGUUUUAAUGACAGCUCAGCUUUCAUCCGUCAUCAGCGCAUCCAUACUGGUGAAAAGCCUUAUGUGUGUGUGGAGUGUGGUAAGAGUUUUAGCGAUAGUUCCAACUUCCACCUUGUCAUACACCAGAGGACACACACUGGUGAGAAGCCUUACCAGUGCAGUGACUGUGGCAAGAGCUUCAACCAGAGGUCUGGCCUCAUUAUCCACCAAACAACUCACACAGGGCAGAAACCCUUCAGCUGUAGCAAGUGUGGGAAGAGUUUUGGGCACCAUUCAUAUCUCUUGAAGCAUCAGAGGACUCAUUUUAGAGAGUUCCCAGAGAAACCCCUAGAAUAGACAUGCAUGCCCCUUA